AAAAGCACGGCCAGACCAUGCUAUGACGACUUCCCUGCUCCUGCAUCCACACUGGGCGGAUACAUUGAUGUACGUGUAUGAAACAAGCCCGAAUGAUAAGACUCAUAAGAGCAGCCCAGCCAUGGAGGGACUGAGUGGGAACUGUUCAAGCACUCACUGUAGGGAUUAUAUUUCUCACCCAGCUCUGGGGCGCCAUUCCAGCACCAUUGGGACCCACCAAGGACCUGUGUACACGGAUAUAACCACCCCAGAGGCUGCCAGGCAAUGCCCAGGACCCCCUUCUUCAUCCAACGCUUCCCUUGGCUAUGCCUACCCGUUUGGAAGCAGCUACUAUGGCUGCAGGUUGUCUCAGUCCCAUAACGUGAAUUUGCACCAGAAGCCCUGUUCCUACCACCCCAAUGAGAAAUACCCAGAGCCCAGCAACUCUCUGCAAAGCGAGGAUUUCUCCAGCAGGGCCAAGGAAUUUGCAUUUUAUCCUAGUUUUGCCAGUUCUUACCAGGCGGUGCCUGGGUAUUUGGACAUGUCAGUGGUGCCAGGGAUCAGUAGCCACCCAGAGCCCAGGCAUGACACUCUGAUCUCUAUGGAAGGCUACCAGCACUGGGCUCUGCCUAACGGGUGGGAUGGACAAGUCUACUGUUCUAAGGAUCAAACCCAGUCCAGCCAUCUAUGGAAAGCACCGUUUCCAGAUGUGGUCCCCCUGCAACCAGAGGUAAGCAGCUACCGCAGGGGCAGGAAAAAAAGAGUCCCCUACACAAAAAUCCAGCUGAAAGAACUAGAGAAGGAGUAUGCAGCCAGCAAAUUCAUUACCAAAGAGAAAAGGCGAAGGAUCUCCACUGCCACUAGUCUCUCUGAGCGCCAGGUUACUAUAUGGUUUCAAAACCGAAGAGUCAAAGAAAAGAAAGUAAUUACCAAAUGUAAAACCCCCCACCUUCACAACACCUGACCAGAGGAGGAAACCUAGCUAUACCCCAGAACAAAUAUUUAUCUCAUUCCCAGUGUAUAGGACAUGUCUUCACAAAACUCUAUGGAAUAUUUAAUAUAGGAAUGGAACCCUUAACUAAACUGGCUGGAUCUAUAGCAAGGAUCCACUGCUCAAUGUGUCACAAACCCCUGGACUCCAGCUGUGAAUAUUAAGGAGUUCUAAUGAUGGGCUGGAUAUACACUUAUUAAACAUUGAAUGCAACCAUUUUCAUGGGAUGUGGUUCUGUCACUGCCAUUGGCAGCAAGGAUGACUUGAAACAUCUGUUCACAUCUUCCAUUUCCUGAAAUCUUUACCAAUCGUCUAAUAUAACUUGUAUAUAUGUUCUAAAGUUCAUCUGUAACACACCUGUUUUGUUGCCUGUGCUUAAAUAUUAUGUACAAAGAGAAGAAUACAUUCUGUG